UUUCUUUUUUUUUAAAUAUCAACUCAAACCAGAUGUAAUUGAACUUCUUUAUGGAAAUCCAGUUGGAAAUUUAAGUUCUUUAUGGAAGUGGAAUAUUUGCACUUCCACUUUGAGUUGGUAAAGAUGAUUCAGCGUAAGCUCACAUAAUUGGCUCUGCUGGGAAUGUGCACAAUCUGGAUGGUUGGAAAUCUAAUGGCCUGGAGAUACUCUCUUACAUUUUAUAGGUGUGCUAGGUGAUAAAAAUUAGAGCAGGUAUAGUUCCCGUCCUCUAGAAACUGACAAUUGAAACUAAUGCCAGCACUAAUCACGUGGUGGGCGCUGCAGAGCGCUAUACUCCUCUGCUCUACUCCUCACAAGAAUCCCUGUGGCAAGGUGUCAUUUGACAGCUGGGGAAACUCAGGCUCAGGAAGACCUGGCCCCAGAUCACAUUGCUAGUAAGUGGUAACAGACUGAGGCUCUGAAUCCACAGAGCUGGAUUCAGAGUCAGAGCUGCUUGACCACAGCCUGAAUUCCUCCUCAGGGUACCUUUACCUCUUAGGAGGAGGAGGGCAGAAGGAGACUAAUCGCAAGCUGGUUUCUAACUGGCUGGUUUGAGAAUGGGAGAGAGGUCGUGUGCAUAGCACCAGGUGCCAUAGUAACCACUUUCUUCUGUGGCCAUCUUCACUACAUCCUAUAUGGCUUCAGUUUCAUUUCGCUGGAUGCUUAAGGACCAGUACUCUUCAUAUGCCAGCUGAGUAUGGCACAUGAACUCCUCAAUUCAGGUGGGUUCUUCAGGUCCACUGUCACCUCCUGUGGGGCCCAGGACAAGGGUAUACUUGAAGGCACAUAUAUGGUAUGUGGGAUACAGCAAGCUAACAACCUGGGAAAUAGGUUCUGUCCUCCUAUGUUGACAAAUAGACCUUCAUCACUACCUGGAAGGGUGAGAUCUUGAACUCUCUGAGCUCCUGCAGAAAUGUAGAGGCCUUGGGAGAGCUGCCUCUGACUCACACACUUUUCUGCUUCUCCUCCUACCACCGGCUCUUUCUGGCCUGGCGAGGAGUCUGGCGCACAGCCUGGAUGGAUUCUCUGGUUUGCAUGCCCACCCAGUUCCAGUCUUGCCCCCGCAAACAGCUAUCCCUUGGCCACCAUUCAGGUCAAGACUUGCUACACUAAUGGCACAACCUCCCUCAGGAGGAUGGAUCCAGAAAACAGGCCUGCACAGACCCUGGGAGUGGGUGCGGAGCUUGGGGGACAGGGAGUCCUGGGGUGCUGAGAGCCUGGUCUGGCUCGUGGGAUGUGGACUCCCAGGGUGGGGGCAUGUCUCCUUGGUAGUAGAGGCUGCAUACACCAAGGGGUGGGGUGCAGAGGGAGGAGGGCCAGAACCAGCCCUGGGAAGCAGAGGCCUCUUGUCAAGGUCCAAGGGCAGUACUGGGCUCUCAGCACCAUUGCUCACCGAAGGAGGCUUGGGGGCAGAAAGAGAAAUGCAACUAGUUGAAAACUGGCCUACUUGCCACUCCCUAAAUUGGCAGCUUUUCACCUUUUCUGCAGUCCCUUCUCCUUCCACUGGAGCAACACGCUACCGUCAGUCAUGUUGGUCACGUGCAAGGCUUCUUAUGAGGGAUCAUAUCAAAAUCUGCAGCCACGGUGGGGAGAGGAGUGGUGUCCGGCAGCUGGAGGGCCUGUCAGCCAUGGAGGUGGAAGUCGGGUGCAGCUGCAGCAGAAACAGCCCAGCAUGCCCUGGGUGCAAAGCCUCAAGUUCAGCCAGAGAAGAGGAAGCCGAAAACUGGAAUAUUAAUGCUAAACAUGGGAGGCCCUGAAACCCUCGGAGAUGUUCACGACUUCCUUCUGAGACUCUUCUUGGACCGAGAUCUCAUGACGCUUCCUAUUCAGAAUAAGCUGGCACCAUUCAUCGCCAAACGCCGCACCCCCAAGAUUCAAGAGCAGUACCGCAGGAUUGGAGGCGGAUCCCCCAUCAAGAUGUGGACUUCCAAGCAGGGAGAGGGCAUGGUGAAGCUGCUGGAUGAAUUGUCCCCCAACACAGCCCCUCACAAAUACUAUAUUGGAUUUCGGUACGUCCAUCCUUUAACAGAAGAAGCCAUUGAAGAGAUGGAGAGAGAUGGCCUAGAAAGGGCUAUUGCUUUCACGCAGUAUCCACAGUACAGCUGCUCCACCACAGGCAGCAGCUUAAAUGCCAUUUACAGAUACUAUAAUCAAGUGGGACGGAAGCCCAUGAUGAAGUGGAGCACUAUUGACAGGUGGCCCACACAUCGCCUCCUCAUUCAGUGCUUUGCAGACCACGUUCUAAAGGAACUGGACCGUUUUCCACUUGAGAAGAGAAGCGAGGUGGUCAUUCUGUUUUCUGCUCACUCACUGCCAAUGUCUGUGGUCAACCGAGGUGACCCGUAUCCUCAGGAGGUGAGCGCCACUGUCCAAAAAGUCAUGGAAAGGCUGGGGUACUGCAACCCCUUCCGACUCGUGUGGCAAUCCAAGGUUGGUCCGAUGCCCUGGUUGGGUCCUCAAACAGAUGAAUCUAUCAAAGGACUCUGUGAGAGGGGGAGGAAGAAUAUCCUCUUGGUUCCGAUAGCGUUUACCAGUGACCACAUUGAAACACUGUAUGAGCUGGACAUUGAGUACUCUCAAGUUUUAGCCAAGGAGUGUGGAGUUGAAAACAUCAGAAGAGCAGAGUCUCUUAAUGGAAAUCCAUUGUUCUCUAAGGCCCUGGCCGACUUGGUGCAUUCACACAUCCAGUCAAACGAGCUGUGCUCCAAGCAGCUGACGCUGAGCUGUCCGCUCUGUGUCAAUCCUGUCUGCAGGGAGACUAAAUCCUUCUUCACCAACCAGCAGCUGUGACCCCCGCUGGUGGACCCUGUGGCAUUAGGCAAAUGCCCAACCUCUAGAUACCCCCGACGUGGAGAGGAUGUUGUUUAGAGAUCAAGGAAGGAAGUCACCCUUCCUUGAUAUAUAUACAGCCUUUGAGCACAAGCUGCGAAAUUUCUUGAGAAUUGGACUCUGUUGAUAGAUUUCUAUUUUUAUAUAACUAUACAGUAAGCAUUUAUAUUUUCUCUCUCUAGGUAUAAGUUACUAGUUUGGAAUGUCCACUAGGACCUUUAUUAAGUAAGUUAAAAAUUUAUCUUAUGAGACACACCUAUUUUAAAUACAGAUUUUGGGUUUAUUGCCCCAAACCCUCCUGAAAGGGUACAGAGAGCCCCCUUUGUGGGCUGUCAGUGUGAAUGAGAUCUGUUUACAGUCUUGUGCAUAUAGUUGCUGUUUUUUAAAUGAACAUAGUUGAGUGUUUGAAAUGAAUUUGAAAAAGAAAUGUUACCUAACUUUUCCCUAAUCCCAUGGGUUACAGAAAGCUAGGGGGGCAAUGUGGUUACCUGCAAUGGCUGCGUUCGCCAGCGAGGCCACCAUUCAUUGGUCAUCUUGGUAUUUGUGUGUGAAUCUUACUUUCCUCGAUGUAAAAAGGAAUCAAGUAUGCAUUUCAGAAGUGCUCUGAGAGUCCCCGUAUAUCCAAGACUAAUAAAUGUGUAGAAGUACAGUGUCUGUCAUAUGUGCCUUGGUGGGAGUCCAGGGUGCCACAGGGAAGGGGCUCCCACUGCUUCCGAUGUCCAGGGACAGUGCUGCUGGAAAGGCCAACGAUGAGCUUCCCCCUGGAGCUCCUCCCGGGACCUUGCGAGCCUUUCCACCUGGCGGCUUCUCUAUCUUAGUCGAAUGCCUUCUUUCUGCACAUUUGUUUUAAGAAUUCUUUUAUAAAGUCAACAGUGCUUUGUAACCUUGAAUUCUUCCUUAAUUUAUGAUUUUUUAUUGUAAAAAUUAUAUAGCCAUACAGUGGGACAUGUAAAGAAUAUGGAAAAGUAACCACUUUAAUGUGAUAACUAUUAUCAUAAUAUUGUAUUUCAUGCCAGUCCUUUCCUGUAGAUAUUUUUAAUGCCAUUGCAACCUUGGAUUUGUGAGUGAAAAGUGUUUCUAAAAAUACAGAAAUAAAUGUCAGAUCAGAAUCUGAUCUUAUAUGUUUGUAUUUAAUGGAUUAAAAGAUUCCUGGUGGUUCUAUGAAGAAUUUGUAAUGAUCACUUCCUCUUUCCUCCAAGCCCUGAAACUUUGUUCUUCAAAAGAGCAUUUCUUUGAUUUUUUUUUUAUAAAGCAAGUUUAUAAAGUAGAAGUAUUAGGCUAUUCAUAAAUCUUUUAUAUUGAGAAUUGGCUAUGUUAAUAAAUAUUACAACAUCAUUAAUGUUUUAACUAAAUUUGAUUCAUGCUGUCUGUUAAAUCAAAACUGAUCUAAAUUAACCAAAAUUAUUAAAUGUGAGGAACUUUUUUAAUACAGUGAAAGAAGCCUGGCGUCCACUGGAGUUAAUAGUUUUCCUGCAUCGAUGACAGCCCUCAUGAGUAGCAUCUACAUUUUAAAAUUUCCAGUUGGCUUUUCUGUUAGUUGAUUGGGUUUCUAGAGAAAUAUACAAAGCAUAGGCAAUUGUUUAGGAUUUUCCUCUAGCCUUUUCCAUCACCUUCUUGGGGGUUAGGGUCAUAGCAGACUUUGAGUGACCAUCCCACCAUGAAGUGAAUUCUCUGGGUUAGUGGUCUGGUGCUAGAAGGCAGGUUAUUUUUGGAGCCACUCUCACUCCUUUAGGAAACUUUCCAAGGGUCUGCUUCAAUUCUUCAAUGACUUUAAAGGUGAAACAGUAUUUUUAUGGAGAUGAUGCAGAAAACUCCAAUUCAGGAGCCCCGGCAAAUAUAUCGGAAGCACUUAUUUGCUAAGGAACUUCUGAAUUGAGAAUACUGGGCUGUCUGGAAUAAUAUCCUUGAUACUGAGCUGGGACCAGACCAGCUUUUAUAGUGACAGACAAAGAGGGAUUUAUUGAGACCGCAGUCUGUGGCAUUUGUUGCUCUCAGCAGUGUUCCCUUUGAUUGUUAGUAACCAUGGAUGGGUAAUGGUCAUACGCUAGGCUAGUGUUUAAUUGGACAAAAUAUUUUUUGAGCUUUGAGAACUGUCAUCCUGUUGGUCAACUUUGAAAUACAAAUGUUUGCCUUGGUAAUCAGCAAUGAACUGCUGGCAGUUUCUUCAAGCUGUGUCUGCACAGAUCUGACUUUUAAUUGAUGAAUCAACUUCUACAGAAACUUUGCAGGGACAGUGUUGAUGAGGCAGUUUAGCUUGCCAGGGUGAUGGUAAGGCCCAGGCCUCUGCAUGUAUAGUGCUCUUCUAAAGAGUAUGCAUUCUUAAACUGCUUAACUUUUUAAAAAUCAGUAUAAAUUUUUGCACUCAAAA